AUGUUUGCGAGACAAACCCUCAGAGCGGCUCAGCCGUUCAAGAGUCAAUACCGACGAUAUGCCACCGAAUCCCCGAGCAGCGGAUCACAUACUGCCUUGUACGCCGGUCUCGCAGCUGGAGCAGGUGCUGCAGCAUACUAUUUCUUGAGCCAGGGGGACAAUGUCACAAAGGUCAAGGACACAGCAAAGGAUGCAGAAGCUAAGGCAAAAGAGGCUUUAGGACAGGGUAAAGCUAAGGUCGAAGGAGCUGUUGGGAAAUCUGCCUUUACUGGUGGUGACCAAGGCUUCAUCAGUCUUAAGCUGGAUAGCGUGGAGAACAUCAAUCACAACACCAAGAAAUUCAGAUUUGAGCUACCUGAAAGCGACCAAGUCAGCGGAUUGCACAUUGCGUCUGCUCUUCUUACCAAGUAUAAGGGCCCAGAGAUGCAAAAGCCUGCGAUCCGUCCUUAUACGCCCACAAGCGAUGAGAGUGAACAGGGCUUCGUGGAUCUUCUUGUGAAGAAAUACCCAAAUGGUGUCAUGUCCGAACACAUGCACGAAAUGGUUCCAGGUCAAAGAUUAGACUUCAAGGGACCUAUCCCCAAAUACCCAUGGUCAGCAAACAAGCAUGACCACAUUGCUCUCAUCGCUGGAGGAACUGGUAUUGCGCCCAUGUACCAACUUGCACGAGCCAUCUUCAACAACCCUGCCGACAAAACAAAGGUUACAUUAGUAUUCGCCAACGUCACCGAAGAAGAUAUCUUACUGAAGCACGAAUUUGAAGAACUCGAGAACACAUACCCGCAACGAUUCCGAGCAUUCUACGUCUUGGGACAGCCACCUGCAUCAUGGCUUGGUGGAAAGGGAUUCAUCAACAAGGAACUUUUGAAGACUGUUCUUCCAGAACCCAAGUCGGAGAAUGUCAAGGUCUUCGUCUGCGGUCCCCCAGGAAUGUACAAGGCGAUCUCGGGUCCCAAGGUCUCUGGUUCGGAUCAGGGUGAGUUGGCUGGUAUCUUGAAGGAGUUGGGAUACUCCAAAGACCAAGUUUACAAGUUUUAG